AUGCUUAGUAGACUGGCCGUAAUUCACUGUGUAUCUAAAACUAUAAAGCACAAGAGUGCAACAGUCAGUACAGAACAAGACAACAGUCAGUACAGAACAACACAACAACAGUCAGUACAGAACAGCACAACAACAGUUAGUAUAGAAGAACACGAUAACAGUCAGUACAGAACAAGACUACAACAGUCAGUACAGAACAACACAACAACAGUCAGUACAGAACAACACAACAACAGUCUGUACAGAACAACACAACAACAGUCUGUACAGAACAACACAACAACACUCAGUACAGAACAACACAACAACAGUCAGUACAGAACAAGACUACAACAGUCAUCAGUACAGAACAACACAACAACAGUCAGUACAGAACAAGACUACAACAGUCAGUACAGAACAACACAACAACAGUUAGUACAGAACAACACUACAACAGUCAGUACAGAACGAGACAACAACAGUCAGUAUAGAACAACACAACAACAGUCUGUACAGAACAACACAACAACACUCAGUACAGAACAACACAACAACAGUCAGUAUAGAACAACACAACAACAGUCAGUACAGAACAACACAACAACAGUCAGUAUAGAACAACACAACAACAGUCAGUACAGAACGAGACAACAAUAUCAGUACAGAACAACACAACAACAGUUAGUACAGAACAACACUACAACAGUCAGUACAGAACGAGACAACAACAGUCAGUAUAGAACAACACAACAACAGUCUGUACAGAACAACACAACAACACUCAGUACAGAACAACACAACAACAGUCAGUAUAGAACAACACAACAACAGUCAGUACAGAACAACACAACAACAUCAUUGCAGAACAAGACAACAACAGUCAGUACAGAACAACACAACAACAGUCAUUACAGAACAAGACUACAACAGUCUGUACAGAACAACACAACAACACUCAGUACAGAACAACACAACAACAGUCAGUACAGAACAACACAACAACAUUUAGUACAGAACAACACAACAACAGUUAGUACAGAACAACACAACAACAGUCAGUACAGAACAAGACAACAACAGUCAUUACAGAACAAGACAACAACAAUCAGUACAGAACAAAACAAUAACAGUAAUUACAGAACAAGACAACAACAGUCAGUACAGAACAACACAACAACAGUCAGUACAGAAAAACACAAGAACAGUCAGUACAGAACAACACAACAACAAUCAGAACAGAACAGAACAAUAACAGUCAUUACAGAACAAGACAACAACAGUCAGUACAGAACAAGACAACAACAGUCAUUACAGAACAACACAACAACAGUUAGUACAGAACAAGACUACAACAGUCAGUACAGAACAAGACAACAACAGUUAGUACCGAACAACACAACAACAGUCAGUACAGAACAACACAACAACAGUCUGUACAGAACAACACAACAACAGUCUGUACAGAACAACACUACAACAGUCAGUACAGAACAACACAACAACAGUCAGUACAGAAUAACACAACAACAGUCAGUACAGAACAACACAACAACAGUCAGUACAGAACAACACUACAACAGUCAGUACAGAACAACACAACAACAGUCAGUACAGAACAACACAACAACAGUCAUUACAGAACAACACUACAGCAGUCAGUACAGAACAAGACAACAACAGUCUGUACAGAACAACACUACAACAGUCAGUAUAGAACAAGACUACAACAGUCAGUACAGAACAACACAACAACAGUCAGUACAGAACAACACAACAACAGUUAGUACAGAACAAGACUACAACAGUCAGUACAGAACAAGACAACAACAGUCUGUACAGAACAACACAACAACAGUCUGUACAGAACAAGACUACAACAGUCAGUACAGAACAACACAACAACAGUCAGUACAGAAUAACACAACAACAGUCUGUACAGAACAACACAACAACAGUCUGUACAGAACAAGACUACAACAGUCAGUACAGAACAACACAACAACAGUCAGUACAGAACAACACAACAACAGUCAGUACAGAACAAGACAACAACAGUCAGUACAGAACAAGACAACAACAGUCAGUACAGAACAAGACAACAACAGUCAGUACAGAACAAGACAACAACAUCUGUACAGAACAACACAACAACAGUCAGCACAGAACAACACAACAACAGUCAGUACAGAACAAGACAACAACAGUCAGUACAGAGCAAGACAACAACAGUCAGUACAGAACAAGACUACAACAGUCAGUAUAGAACAAGACUACAACAGUCAGUACAGAACGAGACAACAACAGUUAGUACAGAACAACACAACAACAGUCAGUAUAGAACAACACUACAACAGUCAGUAUAGAACAAGACAACAACAGUCAGUACAGAACAGCACUACAACAGUCAGUACAGAACUAUACAACAACAGUCUGUACAGAAUAACACAACAACAGUCAGUACAGAAUGAGACAGAAAAUACUAGUAAGUAG